GAGGGAAAAAACACGCCCUAAGGGCCAUCUCUUACCCACCCCUACGAUAGGAAAGAAGGCGGGAUGAGUGUGUGUCUGCGUCUCUCUCUUAGACGGCCAGUCUCGUCUCGCUGCAAGCCAGUCACAGGGUGGAUGCCGAGCCGGUAACAUCGUCUCUCGAAACGUCUAUAGAAAAAACAUUUAACACAACAUUUCUACCAGAAUUCGAUUCUUUCCGGCUCGACUUCACUCGACGACGAAAAUAAGAAAAUUAAGUGCACAAAUCAUAUUACGGAUUAUCGGCAAUUGUUUCUCCACUUUACAACGAAUGUCACGGGCCUGUGAGUGUAGCUCCGCGUGUUUGUGUUGAAAACUCCUUUAACAAAAUAAAAAAAAUAAAAUAAAAACUCGAAACAUUUUGUUUUCCCGGGCAAAAGUGAUCAUGGCGGCGACAAGUUUUUCGUCAAUGUGCGAAUCGCUAUUUUUCGGUCACAGUGACCUUUUGCUUUCGUCGACAGGGCCGUGCGACAUGACACCGCCCGUUUCACCAUCUCGAAGCAACGACAACGACAUGAAGAAAGAAACGACAUCAGUCAUCGAUGAAGAUCUCGAUUUGGGUUUAGACGAAUUGAUUAGCGGAUUGGAUUUGCCGCUGUUUUUCGACAAUCUCGAUCCCGAUUCUUGGUUUGGCGAUUUACAAUCUGAUGCCAUCGUGCCAGACAUUCUCUCUGAAAACAAGUGCGACGUUAAUGAAUUGAGACAUGAUUGCAUGUGGGCUGGACAUUGCCCGGCUGAAGAACAUCGCAGUAAAAAAGAUUUGGUUCAGCUGCCUUGUUUAUUGUCUUCCAGUCCACCGGAAUCGACCGUUUUGACCAUGCCUUGCGUUUUACCAGUUGUUGGUGGUUGCCGAACCCGACUCGAUACGCUGGGCUCCGUCAGACCUGAAACUCCAAUCUCCUUGUCCGACUCUGAAUUAGAUGCUGAUCAAUUGACAAGCGAUGAAGGCAGCAACAAGAUUCAUCAUUCGUCUUCAUCCUCAUCUGGCGAUGAAUCUGAAUCGGAUGAAGAUCCACCUAUGAUGAAUUAUCAACCCACUUUGCCUCCAAAUAUUCAUCCUGUGCGGAGUCAUCAGAUGCGUAAAAUGGCCAACAACAAAUCGCUCGUCAAGACGGUGUCAUCUUCGAAUUUAUCGCUCAUUCCCGAUCACAGUUAUAGCCACAGUGAUCAUUCGUAUCACACUCAAAGAAGGCCUGUUCUGUCUGAUAAUUUGGCUAUACCAUUCGACCUUGGAGCACCGACACCUUCCGACUCAGAAGAAGAAAUUGAUGUCGUGUCAUUGGGUGAAGUUCUGCGUAUGAAUCCGUCUGCGGCUGCGGCUGCCAUGACCGCAACAACCGGCAAGUCAUUAUCUGCCGGUAAUGUGGCGUCUCCUACCAACACUACGGCCGUCAGUCACGCUCCGCUCCGACUUAAAUUGAAAGUUGGAGGUACACCUGCUGCUUCAUCAUCGGGGCAAGUUUUGAUGCGCAAAGCUCUUCCAUCGCAUCCGUCCGCGUUGGUGAGACAACAAUUGCAGUUGGCUGUUGCGUCGGCGGCACAGCAGCGCAAACAUUCUGACCAUCAUACGUCGUCUAAGAAAUCGGGUGAUAUCAAGUUGAGCGGUAAAAUGAGCCACAGCGAGCGGAGUAGCAGCAGCAACAGUAGCAACAGCAGUAAGAGACCGCGGUCUUCCGGCGAAAGUGGUUCCAGUUCCCCGCGGAAGCGUUGCUCGAGGGCGGCCAGCGAUUCGGAGGACAGCUGCGAAAAACGCUCGCAGCACAAUUCGAUGGAGCGUCAACGACGAGUCGAUUUGCGUAACGCUUUCGAAUUUCUUCGGUCGCUCAUUCCCGACUUGGAAGCGACCGAUCGAGCGGCCAAAGUCGUCAUUUUGAAGAAAGCCGCCAAUUUUUGUCAAGGUUUGACUAACAGAGAGAAACAAUUUGUUUCCGAUAAAGACGCCCUCCAAAAACGCCAAGAAAUGCUAAGGAAGAGAUUGGCGCUUUUACAACGCCGGCGUUAAGAACUACGAAUGAAAAAUUAUUCGAAUUAAGUAGACCACAAUUUUUCUUCACCUUUUUUUUUUAAAUUAAAAGUGAAACUAACUUUAACAAAAUCAAGCUUUAUUUUUUUCAUUUUUUUUUUUUUUUGAAAUGCGCGCGCACACAUAUGCGGAAUAGGUUUUUUUGAGUUUAAACAAUUUUUGGCGGGAUUUAUCGGCUUAGAAUUUUUGUUUUUCCUUGUAGAAAAGAAAAAGUCGGUAUUCCCUUUUUUUUUUGUUCGGGGCGUUUAACUUUAAUGGUUCCCGUAAAUAAUCCGUUUUUCUUAAUUUUGUUUUUCCCCUUUUCUCUACAACAGCGGUAAACACGGGGAAAAAAUGUACAAACUAAAAAAAAAAUUAAAUUUUUCGUUUAAAAAGUAAAAAUCUGAAGGAAAAAAAAAACAAGUUUUUGUUCUUUUCGAGCGACUCGGAGUUCGCUUUCAAAUAGAUUUUUGUUCCCCUCCCCCCAAAUUUUUUUUUCGCUCUACAUACACACACGCAAAAUGGCAAGAUUUAAUUUUGGUUAAUUUUUUUUUUCUUCUUUCUGUUUAUCGUACGCAACACCACACACACAUACAGUUUCUAUUAUAUAUAUAUACAUAUAUAUAUACACAUUUAUAUAAUCUAUUCGGAUGGGCAAUUAAUGUGGUAUGCGUCUCCUCUACCCUCAGUUAUCAUAAAUAUUUGUAACGUGUCUCAAUAAUCCCGCCCGAUGGUACAAAAGUGAAUUGUGUGUGCGUUUCUUCCUUUCUGCGAGUGAUGGGAUUCAAGUGUCCAAAAAAACUACUAGCACCGCACACACCGCGUGUGUGCGUUUAUAUGUGAUUUUCUCGUGUCUAAAACUGUGUCGUUCAUAGCCUCCGUUUUGUUUUCGAAUUUAUUCUUUUCAUUUCGCGUCAACACAGCAAGUGCCUUUUUUUUGUUUAUGCAGCCAUGUCUUUUUUUUCUUUCGCUCGACUUAAAACUUUAAUUGGGUUUAAUAAUUAUCCAAGAGAUAACAUAUCAGUUAAUUUUUUUUUCUCCUUUUUUGCGUAGGGGUUUGCUUUUCUAGUUUUCUUCGGUUCAACUCAUUUUAAUUGUGCAUCAUCACAGUGCCUUGUUCAUAUUUUUUUUUUUCUGGGUUGCGAAAAACAAUUUCUUGGAGAGGGAAGAUCAGUUUAUACAGCGAGCUUUUCUUUUUCAUAAGUUACAUUUCUCUCUCGAUGUGUUUUUUUUUUUAAACGAUUGAAAAGCUUGGGGAUCAUCAGCGGUAUACAUUUGUAAAUUCGUCGUUUUUUUUUGUGGCUUAAAUUCUUUUUUUGCGUGGCCCGUUUAAUUGUACUUGCGUGUGUUGAAUCGUUCAUCGAUAUGGUCACAUCCACACAUCAUCUGUCGUUCCAUUGAAUGUCCAAUUUUUGCAACCAGGUCAGAAUUCUUUCACAAAAAAAAAAAAAAACACAAACAAAAAAAAAAUACACUUUUUUUUGUUUUUGUUUCUGGAAAAAAAAAUCUGCUCAGGAAAGAAAAACCACGUCUUUUUGCCAAGAUUACCUCUCUUUAAACGCUUAAAGACAAAUUCAAAUACAACUCAAUAUGUUAAAUCUGUCCAAUAUACAGAAAAUCUAGUACACACAGUUUAUAUGCAAUAGCCCCCCUCAAUUCAAACGGAGAAAUUUCCCCCUCACUCUGCUACCCCCUCAUGAACGCGAGAUGAUGUGAUGAUGAUGUCCCCCACCCUCCCCCCACAUAACUUACUAUUAUUAUACAUAGAAAAUUUACAAGUGUGUGUGUGUGUGUGUGUGUUUUUCGUGUACUGCUCGCCGCCCAAUUGUUUUUUUGUAUUUUUGCAAGAUAAGAAAGAAGAAUGCAAGUGAGAAAAAAAAGCGCUUAUAAUACGAAUGUUCGGAUAAAUAAAAAAAAAAGAUGGACACAAUAAUAAUAAAACGGAAAAAAACGA